CAUUUGUGGACUUGUGGUUCAAAGAAGAAAGUUUUUGUUUGCAAUAAGUUGUUUUCGUAUUUUUAAUAAAUUUAAUAUAUAUAUAUGGUAUUCUGAUACUGCAUAAUACUUAUCUGCAUUCAAGGUAGUAUACUGGGAUAAAAAUCAGUUCAGAAAUCAACCGAAGAUCGGAAAGUAGGAUUUGUAUUGGAUAAACAAAAAGUACAUACAAGAUGCCCCGAGCCGAAGUAGGAACACCCAAAUAUUUGGCCAACAAAAUGAAGGCCAAAGGCUUGCAGAAACUCAGAUGGUACUGCCAAAUGUGUCAGAAACAGUGCAGAGAUGAGAACGGUUUCAAGUGCCACACAAUGUCCGAAUCCCACCAGAGGCAACUGCUUCUCUUUGCCGAUAAUUCAAAAAAAUUCAUGGAUGAAUUUUCGUACGAUUUUCAAAAGGAAUACCUGCAGAUUUUGAAGAGACAGUUCGGAACAAAGCGAGUGAAUGCCAAUCGAGUAUAUCAAGAAUACAUUUCUGAUAAAAAUCACAUACAUAUGAAUGCCACUCGAUGGGUAACCCUUACGGGGUUUGUCAAAUAUUUGGGAAAAACUGGUAAAUGCAUUGUUGAUGAAACAGAGCAAGGUUGGUUCAUCACUUACAUCGAUAGAGAUCCAGAGACGAUAUUGAAAGAGGAGAAAAAGCUCAAGAAGCAGAAAAUGGAAAAGGAUGAUGAAGAGAGGAAUUAUAAGUUUAUUGAAAAGCAAGCUAGGCUGGCACAAGAAAAAGAAGCUCUCAUGGGACCUAAAGAAGAAAAAAAAUCGGAGUUACUGCGUGAAAAUGAAGAAGAAACUUUGAAGUUAGAUUUGAAAUUACCCAAAAAAGAAGCUGAAAAGAUUUCCAAUCCUUUGAGUUCGUUGAAGAGGAAAGCUGAAACUAAACCUUCUAGCAGUAAAAAAACAAAAGAAGAUUGGAAAAAAUCUGCUCUAGAUGAAAUAAGAGAAAUGGAAGAGAAAAGGAGGGAAGAAAAAAAUAGGAAAGACUACUGGAUAACUGAAGGAAUAAUAGUGAAAAUUGUUACAGAUUCAUUAGGACCUGACUUCUACGAGAAAAAGGGAGUUAUAAGAGAAGUCGUGAAUAAAUACCAUGCUAUAGUGAAGGUGCUAGACAACGGAAAGAAAAUAAAGAUUGAUCAAGAAUACCUACAAACCGUUAUUCCUGCCAUAGGUAAAACUGUUGAAAUUGUGAACGGUGCAUACAGAGGUGAAAGGGCUACUCUUCUGUCAUUAAAUGUUGAUAAAUUUUCCGCAAGUUUAGAAAUCGAGAGAGGACCACUCAAGGGAAGAAAGCUGGAAAUACCUUAUGAAGAUUUUUGUAAGAUAGAUGAUAGCAGUUAAUAAUGGGAACUGCAUAUUUUUGUAAAAAGCUAUUUGAAUAUAAUUUAUGUUAAUCAAUGUAAAUAUAGAAUUUAUCCUA